AUGGCACGCGUCAGUAUAGUGGCCGUACCUCAUACGGGAGCGAGAUGGACAACGGAGAGCCACGCUAGCCAGAUCCUGGACGUCGUAGCCAUCUUCAAGUUCCUGUGUCGAGCCUGUGCCGAAGCAAGACAACACAGCCACAAGCUUUGGGCCAGGAAGAACAAGACUUGUCAGUUUCGACCGAGAACUUCUCUAAUUCAAGUUUGGAACAUUUGCGGUUUCUCCAACCCUGCGCUUGGGCACGAAUACCACAGCAGAAUCGCACGCGGCUGUCAACGCGAACUUGGUACACAACCGCCCUUUUCACAAAAUCAGAGGGAUAGGAAUGGUCCUGCCAGGCGACCCAGCAAUUACUUCCGGCAUCCCAGGACCACAAUGAUCGCUGUGAGGUGGGAAAUUCAUAUGGCCAGGGCUGAGGUCCUUGAAGUGCUGGCUGUCUUCUAG